AUGCCCUCCCAAGAUUCGCCGUUCGAAUCCCUGCCGAAUGAGCUUCUUGAUGAGAUCAUCGCCGGUCUCGCGACCUCCCCGCCAUCUAUAUCCAAACUCCAUCAACCUCCGACUGCGCGCAUUGCCAGAUGCGACACCCGCGACUUGAAGAAUCUCUCUCUUACCUCCUCUCGACUUCGGGAGGUCGUCAUCCCUCGACUCUUUGCUCACGUGUCGUUCGACCUGCAAGAUGUCGACGAGUUCCUCGCCUUUGUACAUGCAUGGAACCUGAGUCCAUAUGUCACUUCCAUCGUGGUGAAAGGAAGACAUUCGCCCAACAAUCGCGAAGACCCUUUCUGGUGGCGUCGAGUCCUAUCCCAACUCCAGCCACUGCGCAUCACCGUCCUCGCUCCUCCCACUUUCAUCGGUGCAAUGAUGGGGACCCAGAUCAUGGAUGGGCACAGUUGGGCCUUUCAGGUCCCUUUCCAGAUCGUGCAGGUGGAGCGGGAUGUUCAAGACGCUGGCACGAUCUCCAAACUGCAGCUCGAGAAGGCUUCCAGUCUCCUCGAAGCUGGGGUGUGGUCGUCGCUGCUCUUCAAUGAGUCCUCUUCUCUCAAGGCAUACAAUCACUAUGAAUACUUCCUCUUCCAGGUUCCAUCUCUCUUCAGUAAAUGGGGCUCAGUGGCGUCCAUCAAGCCUCGCCGGGAGAGGCUAUCUCUGUCUCACUCCCUCAGUACCCUCACGUCUUUCCGGUACACGGCCGUAUUCCCGUUCUAUAACCACGUGAAACUAGUGCUCAACGUGGUCGAGUUGAUGACCAAUUUGCGAUCUCUAAGCGUCCAACUGGCCCCCUGUGAAAAUGACAAAGCCACCGAGAUCGAACAGCGGGGCUCCAUGGACCCGAGCGACCCUUGGAUGGAGCUAGCCACGGGUUAUUCGCUCAUCGCCCAUGCUGUGAGAGACCUGGGUGUUCGAGGCUGUCUGAUGACAUUCAGCACUAGUGACUAUGCCUUGGAUGCACUUCGACCCGAAUUGUCUGGGAUCCUGGGUGAUAUCUUAGACAACAGUGGCUGGGUGCACGAUAACCGCGGCACCUGGUGUAAGAGGUCGGGGGCUUCAAAUGCCUUGGGCAGUAGCUCGCCAGCAAGCCUUUUACCCGCGGCAUAG